UAUUCGAAAGCAGCAAAUAUGUCAACAAAUCACGAGAACUGCAACUCUGAUGAGCUAGAAGCUCCGCAAUGGCUAGACGUGCAAUUCUUCACGAAAAUAUUAAAUAGUUAUUUAAAGAAACCAGAGUUAAAAGUGCUCGACCUCAAGUUGUCUCCGGCCAGUGCCAAGGGCGAUCACUAUGCCAGUAUCAUGUUUCGAGCUGAAAUUGUCUACACAACGCAAACUACAGAAAAAUCUACUGUAAAUCUAAUCAUCAAGACAAUUCCUGAAGAGCAGGGUCACAAAAAAGACUUGUUGGACAAUUCCCAUGUCUUUCCAACUGAGAUUGCUAUGUACACGGAAAUACUGCCAAAGUUUGAGAAGAUACUUCGAGACGCAGGCGAUAAAACAACACUCUACGCGCCCUGCGUUUAUCACAGCUUGGAACCGCGUCAAGUGAUCGUGUUUGAGGAUCUGGUCGCAAAGGGUUACGCCGUUGUCAGAAACAGACCAGCGACCAUAGAGGAGUUAAAAUAUGCUCUGGAAAAACUUGGCAAGUGGCAUGCUGUCAGUCAUAAGAUAAUAAAGGAUCAGCCCGAAUUAUUUGAAAAGCUGCAAUACGAUGUGACCACAUUGCCGAAUAUAUUGAAAGAAGAUUUCAUGACGUCAGCUCUGUCGGUCUUCAUAAACAUGCUGGAGAAUGUGCAAAGUUUAAGACCUUAUAAAAAAUACUUUGAAUUAAUGGAGGGAAAAUUAGUUAAUCGCUGGGUAGACGUUAUUCGAGAAUAUCGAGAAAAUCGCCAAGAAAAUGGAUACUAUGUGCUCUGCCACGGCGAUUUUCAUCUAAGGAACAUGAUGUUCAAGGGCCCUGACUGCAUGCUUCUAGACUUUCAAAUGUCCUAUGUGGGAUCUAUGGCUAAUGAUAUUAUUUAUGCCAUUUAUAUGCUAUUCGGCACGGAUAAACUUGGAAACCAAUGCAAUGAACUCAUCUACCAUUACUUUAAAACCUUCGUCGAUACCCUCAAAAUUAUUGCCUUUAAAGGAAAGCUCCCAAGUUUGAUCGAAUUCCGACAACAGAUCUUUGAUAAAAGAUACAAUGACUUUCUUUUAAUGACCACUCUGAUGCCCACCGUAAUGUUUAUGCGAAAAGGAGAAGAUGCAGCAGUGUUACUAGAGGGUGAGGAUCAGAGAAGCAAAUUACUCUAUCAAAAAGAUUUUCAAGCUGAAUUGGAAUAUCUAUUGCCAAGAAUGCUUCAUCUAGGUUACUUUGAUCAGCUCUAAAAAUAAAUCAUAUAGAAAAUAUUACAAAAUUUGCAUAAACACUUUUAAAAUAAUUAAAUAAAAUUUGCAUACUUGUAUAACUUGUGUGAGCUACAAGCUCAGUAUGCGUUAUUUUCGCGAUAUCUUAUCUUUUAGAAAGCAAUUCAACUUUAUCAUUAUCUUAGCUUAAUAUUGUAAAGAUAGAAAGGACGAUAAGCAAAACAUGUUUUCUGAUAAGAAAAUAGUGAUUUAUCUAUAAUAUACAUAUGUAUUUCGAUAAUUAUUUUAAAUAUUCUACAUUUCUACAUGUCACUUAAAGUAACCCAGUUUUUCGAAUCUGGGUAGCAAAUACUUCACUUCAUCGAUAAAUUUUUCUAUGAAAAAUAGCUUUUUGCGAACUUCAUUAUUGGUCAUCAUAUCAGUUAAAUCGAUAUCGUUUCUCUCGCCUGCAAAACCCAUGGGUAAUAGUGUCAUAUAAAACAAAUCUGAAAUUACAAAUUAAGGAUUAAAAUUAUACACUUAAGGAUUUCCAUUUAUCACUUACCAAAAAUUUUAUGACGAUGUAAUUGUCGCCAAAAGUCCACAUAAUUUGGAAGUUCAGCUUUGUAGCCAAUUUUUUCUAAAGUCUCGACGAACGUGUUGAAGUAAAAGUUAAUAAGUUCCUUGUGAUGAUUUCGACGUUCAUCAGGACCCAUUAGCAAAUAAACGGAAUAGAGAAUAUCGACAGAUGGCGGACACACAUUACUCAUUUGAAAA